ACACAUCAACUGUCAGUGUCAAAACAACGUAAAUAAUUUAGAAAUUGUGUUUUCUACCGUAAAUAACAAUAUUAUGCAAUAAACAUGGCUAAAUUCAGCCUUAAAGAUAGCGACGAAUACUAUUUAGCGCUUUCAGAACAACCAAAGAGAUUUGACGCUGAUAGCCCGGUAACGAAUGUGUUUUUCGAUGAUACCAAUGGACAGGUUUUUACAGUCCGCUCCGGGGGCGUCACAGGCGUCACGGUCAGCGGAAUGGACGAAUCCAAAUCAACAUCCUUCAGAAUGGAAGACAGAGGUCCCAUAAUCUCAAUCAAAUUUUCGCCAGACCAUAAUAUUCUAGCUAUUCAAAGAAAUCUAGAUAAUCAGAAUGCUAAUGUGGAAUUCGUGAAUUUCAAAGACCUGGUUCCUACGAAUGUUGAAUAUUCGCAUACUUGCAAGUGGAAGAACGCCAAAAUACUGGGGUUUGUGUGGCCGAGGGUGAAUGAAAUAGCCUUCAUUACAGACCAUGGGAUUGAGCUGUUGCAAGUUUUUCCAGAGAAGAAACAGUUGAAAAGUCUGAAAAGUACUUCAUUUAGCGGGGCUUGGUUCUCAUGGUGCGCCCAAAGCAACAUAGUGCUCUUGGCAGGAAACAAUGGAGCUUUGUUGCAGCCUUUUGCUUUGAACAACUCCACCAUCAACAAGCUACAGAAAUUGGAAUUGGACAAGCCUGUAGUGGAACGUGAUGUGAUGUUACUACGGCUUGGCGGCGCUACUUGGUGCGCCGUGUUCAGGCACGCCAGCAGUGCCUCUGUUCUCGCACCUGGACCCACUGAGUUGUGGUUGUUUCCCGUAACUGGCGGCGGACAGACGCGGAUUCUACGAACAGGACUCGCGGGGCGCUUCGCCGUUAGCGUACUUGAUAACCUUGUUGCUGUACAUCACCAGUCAAGUCAAACGUCUCAAAUCUUCGACAUAAUGGAAGAAGCCAAGUCGGAGCCCCACGCAACUGUUCAUAUCCCUGUAGUACCGGCGCACACUAUGCGGCCCGCUUAUGUCGACGGACAACUCUGUCCUAUGUAUUCAGGCAACUGGGUGGUGUUCCAGCCGGACUACAUCAUCGACGCGCGUCUAGGUUGUCUGUGGCGCGUCAAACUAGUACCCUCUGGGCUGGCUCAUGCUGUGCCAAAAGAUGAGAUAUCGAAGAUAGUAGCAGUGCUGCUCCGACGUACAGACGGCAAGGAUACUAUCUACAGCAUAAUAGACCAGCUGGUGUCCAGUCCAGCCACUUAUUUAGUUCAGCUGUCCAAAGUGUUUGACGAAAUUAAUGCAGUGUACAGAAAAUGGGCAGACCAAGAAGUGGCUCGAAACACCGCAGGCGAAGCCGGAGCUCCCACUGCACACAUUCCCGUGCUCAUUACACAAGAAAAUAUAUGCACGUUGCUGCAGCCACACAACAAUUUGGUGCAGGUGGUGACAGCCUACUUAGCUUCCCUAGCUCGCCACAACAUAACAGUUCAGCAUACAUGCGCGGCGCUCUGCGUACGCGCACUGGUAACAGGCGGUGCGGCUUCUCGUCUACGAGCGUUGGCCCGACGAGGCGCACUCGCCGACGCCAGGCCGCUGGCGUGCCAGUUGCUGGCGUUGGGCGGGAAGCACAGCCACCACGCGCAGCUGGCGUUGGAUAUGAUGUGGAGACUUGAUGCCGUUCAGGAAAUAGAAGAGGUCCUGCUAAGCUGGAACGAGCCCGUGUCAGCCAUCGGCGCGGCGAAGCAAGCCGGCACGCACGUGUGGCACGCCAUACCCGCCCGGAAACUGCUGCAGGCCGCCAAACAGUGCGCGGAGCAAAACGGCGAUCCGGGCGCCUUCGCGGCUGUCUAUAGGGCGCUGCAGGCGAGGAACGACAGGAUAAGAGGGGCGCCGCAUUUUCUGAAAGGCGAACAAUGCGACGCGUACGUGGAAUACUACAAGCAGAUAAUGUCGGAAUAAAAAAAACCUGUUUUACCUAAACAACUAAGUGCCUAACAGGUUUUAGAAUGCGUCGCUCACCAGACUUUAAGCUAAACAUUGAUAGAUUUUAGAAGAGUACGCCUCUAUGAAAAAAUCGUGUCUUCAAAUUUGAUUGCUGAACUAUGUGACACCAUGUUUUGUGGUUUAGUCUUUAGUUUUCAGGCUUGCCCUUACGGCUAACUCAUUGACUAUUGUACCUAAGUAACACCGCACUUGCCAAUUACCUGCAUAAUGCACCUGUAAUGGUUAUUGAAUUACAACUUCUAUGGAAAUUGCAAUAAGAUUCAAAAUGAACAAAUGGAAAAAAAUAUUUGCGAUUUCUUGUGUUAGCCCUCUACGGUACUGAGUGCCAGCGAGUCGAACGCUACAGAACCAGUCUAAAAUGUGUCAUCGAAAUGCGUAACAAAGGCGCGUUAUCGGAGAGCGCACUUACACUGGUUUUUUGAGCGUUGGACUAGCCCGCGCUCAGGUGCCAAUUAGAAUUAUACGCCAAUGACCGAC